AUGGCGGCCAACAAGACCAAAACCACCAUGCUCCCGCAACCGACGGAAGCGCCUCCUCUCCCCCUGACGCAAGUCUGCAAGUUCCUCACCUCCCUCUCCCCUCUGACCAUGACCUGGCUCCUCACCUGCACGGCCUUGCUCUCCACCUUCGCCCUCCCACCGCCACCGACGAAACCCGAGCGCAGGAAACUCGAACGCGCCCUCGCCAAAGCGAGACACGAGCGGAGGUUUCGCGAUGUCGAGGUCCUUCAGCGGGUCGUCGGGGAUCUCUGGCCGGAGUGGUUCGAUGAUUUGAGGCGGAAUGAGUGGGUUUGUGGUCUGGUUUCUGUCGGACUGGCGCUCAGUGCUGUCUUCUGGCCGCAAGUCAACGUCUGGGCUGGUCAUGUCUCGGGGUGGUCGACGAAGUCCUUCGCUACGAUUUUCCUCCACUGCAACGACGUCCUCGCACUCUUCUUGACUGGGGAACGGAUGCAGAACGCUCCUCUUAUGAUUGCAAUAUUCCUUGAAGUUGUCUCCAUGAUCGCUGUGAUGGAACUGCUUCGCAUCGCGCUGGAGGCUCUCCCUGCUAGGGCCAUCAUGACUUGUUCCUGGGGAUACAUCCGCGCGGGUCUACGGUUCUCUUGGGAGUGUAUCUCCUUCUUGCCUGUCUGGGGGGAGUUGGUGGCUUCGAUCCUCUUGCAAGAUGAGAAGGAUCGGAAGAUGACGGACAGGGAAAUCAGGGAGCUCAAGAGGGCGAAGGAGAGGGAUGGACGGGGCCCCAGUGCGAUCCAGAGGCAGCGGGCUACGGCAGAUGAGGAAUUGGCGACGUCGAUGCGGAGGUUGAUCGAAUUGUGCGGAGGGCAUCGAGUCGAAGAACCAAGCAAUGAACCACUCGCCACCACCUCAACGACGGACGUUUCUCCCCCCGAGACCAGAACGAGCGACGACGAAAUCUCCAUGACGACUGUGAGGGAAUCGUGGGCCAGUCUACGACACUUCACUGCGUCGCGCCUCGCGGCCAUUUCUCAGCGCAUGGAAGAGGCUCGCGCAAACGACCGUCUACCUAUCGCCACCAGCGCCAUUCCCGCACCUCCCACCCCUCAGAACGAACAGGAUCACUUCCACCGCAUCGUGAGCCUCAGCGCACAGCUGGCCGAAGUCCGACGAGAGGCCUCGGACAGCAUCAAGCACCGCCUCUGCCUUCCUAGCAGCCUCCCUGGCGAGAAAGCUGUCGACCGAGCCGGCAAUGCGGAGAAAGCCGUCAAUGAGGUUAGGCAGGAGUUGAAAGUCAUGAGCCAAGGACAAGAGGGUUUCAACCAAGGACCAAAGGCCUUCGUCAAGGACGAGCGCACCCAGUCGAACGACCCCCUCGAACAAGCCCACGGAGAGACCCCCCCCACCCAACCCCCCCCCCCCCCCCCCCCCCCCCCCGCAACACGAACCCCCCCCCCCACCCACAAGAAAUACACCUACGCCUACCCCCGCCCCACCUCCUUCACCUUCUCCUCCCCCACAACACCCCCAAAAACCCCCAACCACCACGCACAAACAAUCCCCCCCAACUCCUCCCCCUUCACCCCGACCCCCACCCGCCAACAACCACACACCCUCUUCCCAGCCCGCCUCCCAGAAACAGAAACAGAAUCACCCACAAUCUCCCCCCGCCCAACGCCGGUGCUGGGGCCGACGCACCUCUCCCCUAGCCCGAGCGAGUUUAGUUUGAAUAGUUUGGGGACGACCGCUUCGGAGGGGAGUGAGGGGUGGUUGAGUGAUGAUGAGGAUGGGAGUGAGGAUGAAGGGGAGGGGGAAGGGGAGGAUGAUGGGCUUUUGAGUGAGGGUGAGGGUGAUGGUAAUGGGGAGUAUGAGGUUUUGCAGAGGGGUGGGGAGGAUGAGGGGAGGGCGGAGGUUAAUGGGAUUUUGCUUUGA